AUGGGCACAACAUACAAUGGCGUCAACGGCGCCCAGGGAGGGAAUAUUUUUAAAGAUGUCAAGUUCUGGGUGGCUCAGCGGGUGCCCUUGAGAUCAACCUGGAUUGACUACAUCAAGGAAAACGGAGGUUCAGUGGUACCUCUAGAGAAGCAUGCGGACAUGCUAAUAGCGGACCACAAGAGACUGGAUGCGCCCCCAGGGGCAUAUUCAUGGAAAUUUAUCGAGGACUCAGUUCGUAACGGCAUUAUCCAGAUCAAGGACAAAUACCGUAUCGGACCUGAUCCAGAUCUCCCAAGACCAGUUGGCGCAAAGCAUGGUGCCAAAACUACCCGUACUCCUUUCACCAAGGAUGAUGAUGCAAACCUCGCAAAAUGGGUGCUCUCUCGAAGAUCUCAGCAGCAGCAAGGAAAUGCCAUUUACCAGGAAUACGAGGCGAUUAACCCUCGACAUACAUGGCAAUCAUGGCGCGACCGGUUUGUCAAGAGGCUUCAACCACGCGGGAUGGCAGCAUUGGAAAGGUUGGCAGCUGAGGCGCCAGAGGCCGAUGUGAGCGAGCCAGCAGCGCCACCUGAACCAUCACCGCGUGCUGCUCCUGAAGAAAGGCAAACUGUCCAGCAACCUGAACCGCAGGCUGCUCGGGUGCCCGCUGAACCUCAAGGUGCCAGGCAGUCUGAACCACAGAGCAUCCAACGGCCCAGAACACAACCUGACACGGUCCCCGAGAGCGCGCCAGAGAGAUCACAGAGCCAGACGCGACCGGCUUCUGUCGUUUCACAAGACGAUCCUAAAAGGCAGCUCUUCUACGAGGAUCUCAACGACUUCAAGACGGCUUCCAAAGCUGAUAUUAAGGAACGGCUGAACAUUAACGGAAGGACCAUCGACUUGUUUGACCUGGCAAUGGCGAUCGAUGACUCCCAGGUAGAUAGUCAGAUGUAUGACUGGUACGGUGUUGCUGAAAGACUAGGAUUUGAUGAUCCAGACGAGGACACGGCCACACAGUUGCAAGUAUGUUUUGACGAGCACCUAAGCGAGUUUGUCGCUGCAGUGGCGUCUUUCGACGAAGACAACGUGGAGCCAGAGGCUGAAGGUCCCGAAGAAGACCCCUUUGAGCAAGAUGUGCCUGAACAGGCCAGCUCUCAGUGGCCUGCGAGUUAUGUGCCCUCUUCACCUCCUGUUGUCAUUGGAAGGAAGCGUUCUGCUGGUCAGCGGCAGCUGUCAACUGGUCAUGGGACGAAAAGGCCGCGGUACGACAAGGACAUGGUUAUACCAUCAACUCCAGACGCUGACCUGGAUGCUGAGCUGCCUGCUGUGGAGCACUCGCCGAGUGCUCGCAAGAGCUCCCAGUGGCGGGGCUAUAUCGACGAGAGUGAAGCCUCACAGCAUCUUCCACCUCUUCCUCCUUUGCAAGCGGAAUCUCAAGACCUUGGUACAGGUCAAUCGCCAACAACAGAGCCCAGACGCCAAUCACUCGCUGCCACUCAAGAGUAUCGGCAUGGAGAAUUGGAUCCCACACCAAUCCCCUUUUCUCUCAAACAGCCCCGCGAGCAGAGGGUAUCUGCCGGCCGACAAGCAGCACGAGUUGAGCCUCGAAGACCAAGCCGUGAAAGCAGUUCGAGAAACGGUGUUUCUAGACAACCUCCUGAACCAGCUAUUCCAGCAGCAAGGCCGAGACCAACGGCCCAGCCAGCCUCCCGACGUUCUUUACCUACAUCUUUCACCUCCUCACACUCCGCUUCAAGACAAACAACUACUGCGCCUCCGAGAACCGAAACCACCCCAAGAAACAAUCCGCCCCCAAGAACCAACCAAACAGACUCCACCGAUGCCAACCGUCGGGAAAUCCAGAAGUGGACAACAUACUACGAAAACCGCGGAUUUCCGCGUGACAUCGUUGUAGAAGCCUUGAAGCGGACGACGCUCACUCCUGGAACCCUGGCACUCCAGGUCAUGGAGUCUCUCCAGGCUGGCCGCGGGGUACCUUCUCGUCACGAAGGCAUCUGGACGGAUCGCGACGACGACGACCUGGCAUUUGUGUCGAUGGUGGAUUUCACCCAGUCGCCGACCAGCACGAGCGAGGAGAUGCAACAGCAGCGUGCUCAAAAGGCUCAUAAUCGUCUCAUCAAGAAGCACACGUUUCAAAGGUUUGAACUGAGGAAAGCGUUUCUUCGUGCCCAGGCGAACCAAGGUCACUCGAAGGAAUAG